CAUUAUUGCUACCAAGCUCCAAACUUUACAUUUCAUUUACUCUUUUUCCCCCUUGAAUUGACUGGUCUCUCCCACUGUGAUCUUCUCUUCAUCACCGGGUCGUCAUCUCUCAUUCAGGAUUUGGGUUUCUGAAUUUCGUAUUUCUUCAAUUGCAAUCUACAGAGUUGUUGGCUCGCUGAAGCCAGUCCACAACUGAAGGUGGCCCAAUUUAAACAUUAAACGUGGGAACCCAAUUCCCAAAUGACCAAAUUAUUACUGAAGGUGUCUUAGGUGUGUGAGAACUGUGAAGUAAAGUCCCAAAUCUGAAAUUGAAAUCCCUAUCCUCUCGCCUCUGUCAAAGCAACGACGUCAACUCGUCCCAAUCCCACGGUCCAUCGCCGACGUUGUCACGCACAGACAGGCGACAGCAGACUCACUCUCUGGCCCGUGCUCUUGACAGUCCUCUCCCACACUCAGAAGUGAUCCCAAGAGGUGUAAGGCAGAGAAGGAAGUAGUUCAAGAAAGAUGCAGAAGCUAGGCGAAUUCAAGCUACCUAACUUCUUUAAUUAUCCACCCUACUUCACUUUGCAGCCUGUGAGGGAAACUAGGGAAAAGCAGAUACAGCUAUGGAAAGAGCUCAUAAUUGAUUUCUGUCGAACCCAAAAGAUUUUUAUAAUUGCCCUGGAGGUAGACUUUCCAUUGUUCAGUAAUCCUGCUAUUGAAAGAUCUCUGAGUCAUGAAGCUAGGGAGGCAUUUCUUUCGGCUUUGGUCUCUGAUGGUCGUGCAGAAUGGAUGGAUAAAGGUCAUAGAAAAUGCCUAGUCCUAUGGCAUCGUAUUCAAGACUGGGCAGAUUUGAUUAUAAACUUUGUGAAGGAGAAUGGGCUGGAGGACAGUGUUAUGACAGUUGAAGAAAUACGUUCCGGGGUGGAGUCUCGUGGAACAGAGCUUCAUGGAAUAGACCGUACAGUUCUUAUGCGAGCUUUGAAGCUGCUCGAACAUAAAGGGAAGCUUGCAAUAUUUAAGGGAACUUCAGCUGAUGAUGAAGGUGUCAAAUUUUCUUUGUAAACCACCUUGGUGGACUAUAUUUUGUGUACAAUGAGCGAGAAAGUUCUUAUCUACGAGCACUUAUGAAAUACUUUAUGGAGUGAAACUGGGGAUAAAAUGGUUUCAUGUUAUGAUAGAGAUACCUUAUUGGACUAUUUUGAUUCGAGGUAGAAUGGACACUGAAUUCUUACUUGA